UCCUGUAGCAGAGCAGUUAAAAUAAUUGAUGAGUGUGUGUUGAAUUGCCUGGAAAGGCUGGAGCAAGAAAAGGAAAGGGGGUGCAAGGAAACUAGAAGGGAAAAGGGAAAGGGAGGAGGGCAGGUGCUGAUUUCAGCCCUGUAGCGUCAGGAUUGCGUCAAUUUGGGUUUCAACCACGUCUACAGUCUAAGAGCGGAGCUACUCAGAAAAGCUAAAACAGGAACGGGGGUGGCAGAUCACAGUGUGAGGGAGAGCUGAGCUCCCUCUCUGCUUCCUCAUUCCCCCACCCCCACCUUGCUCCCGCUAGAAGGUCUCCUGGGCUUCAUAUUGGUGCUUGCAUCAGGAAGGAAAAUCCAGCUUCUUGGUUCUAAGAGGAAAACAGCCGCUUUCAUAGUGAGGCAAACCAAGGAUUGUUAUUCAGUACCUCGGACAGAGCACGCAGCAAACAUGGCUCCUAUCACCUCAAGCAGAGAGGAAUUUGAUGAAAUUCCUACUGUGGUGGGGAUCUUCAGUGCAUUUGGUCUGGUGUUCACAGUAUCUCUGUUUGCUUGGAUCUGCUGUCAGAGAAAAUCAUCCAAGACUAACAAGACUCCUCCCUAUAAAUUUGUGCAUGUGCUCAAGGGAGUUGACAUUUAUCCAGAAAACCUUAACAGUAAGAAGAAAUUUGGAGCAGAUGAAAAAAAUGAAGCAAAAAAUAAAACAGUUGUGCCAAAGACCUCACUACAUCUUGACCUUGAGAAGAGAGACCUCAAUGGCAAUUUCCCCAAAACAAACUCCAAAGCUGUCAGCCCUUCUGAUCUUGAGAACUUAACUUCUAAAUCCUUCUCCGAAAGGGAACACAAAGAGUCUACUUCCCCAGACAGCUUGAAGUCUAGUUCAUCCUUAUGUUCUGUAGAGAAACAGGAUAAACUUGGCACCCUCUUCUUUUCCUUAGAGUACAACUUUGAGAAAAAAGCAUUCAUAGUGAACAUCAAAGAAGCUCGUGGCCUGCCAGCCAUGGAUGAACAAUCAAUGACUUCUGAUCCCUAUAUCAAAAUGACAAUUCUUCCUGAGAAGAAGCACAAAGUAAAAACUCGAGUCUUAAGAAAGACCUUAGACCCAGCUUUUGAUGAAACCUUCACUUUCUAUGGGAUCCCAUAUAGCCAAAUACAAGAUUUGAUCCUUCAUUUCAUCAUCUUGAGUUUUGACAGAUUUUCAAGAGAUGAUAUCAUUGGAGAAGUCCUUAUUCCCCUCUCAGGCAUUGAAUUGGCUGAUGGAAGAAUGUUAAUGAACAGAGAGAUCAUCAAAAGAAAUGUUAGGAAGUCUUCAGGACGAGGUGAACUACUGAUCUCUCUUUGCUACCAGUCCACAACCAACACUCUCACUGUGGUAGUUCUAAAAGCUCGACACCUACCUAAAGCAGAUGUUUCUGGAUUAUCAGAUCCUUAUGUCAAAGUUAAUCUUUAUCAUGCAAAAAAGAGAAUCUCCAAGAAGAAAACACAUGUGAAGAAAUGCACCCCUAAUGCAGUAUUCAAUGAAUUGUUUGUCUUUGACAUUCCUUGUGAAGGUCUUGAGGAGAUCAGUGUAGAAUUCCUGGUUUUGGAUUCUGACAGGGGAUCAAGGAAUGAAGUCAUUGGGCGAUUAGUCCUUGGUGCAUCAGCAGAAGGAACAGGUGGAGAGCAUUGGAAGGAGAUAUGUGAAUAUCCUAGGAGACAAAUUGCCAAGUGGCAUAUGCUUUGUGAUGGUUAGCAUCCUACCAGUGAAUUGGAACUUAAUGAUUUUCCAGAGGCAAAGAAUCAUUUUCUUUCUUUGUUAAUGUGAUUGCAAGCUUUUGACAGAAAGAUACAAUUUUUGUUAACACUAGUUUGAAUUAGCAGAUCAGGAGCCAAUUGUAAAAUUUUAUCAUUCAUUUUAUUUUCCUUCAUUAGAGAAAUUUGAUACAAUUUCAUAAGAGAUUCAAUUUCCCUGGAGUGGUAGAUGUUGUCAAAAUGCAAAUUUCAGUAAGAACAUUCAAGUCUUUCAUAAAUAUAUCAUUACUUUCCUAGCUGGUAGUUGUGGUUUUGAAAGUGAAGAUUUCCUCUACAUAUGUCAGUAGAUUUCAUUCUCUCUCUUGAGACAUUAAUGUUUAAUAUAUGUCUCUGUGAGUUCUCUUGUGAAAAUGCAUUCAUUUUUCUAAAAGUUGGAAUAAUUCAUUAUUUGAUCAAUCCAAAGACUUUCAAGAAAUAUUUACAAGUUUGAUUUAUCAUUUGUGUCAUGUAUAAAUAGUUGGUUUUGUAUAAAAUUGUGUAUACACAUUUAUUCGUACUUUGAAACUACUAGAUAUCAUUUUUUUCUCACAAAGAAAUUACCUGACAUACAUUCUAAAAACUAGUUAAUAAACUUAAGCACUUAGUUUUGGAAAAGGGCUCAAGUGGGAUCCUGUUUUAUUUGUCUUGUCCUUUUAUUUAAAAAAAAAAGUUAUAUGAGAGUAUCUUAGACUGAAAAGAUGUUAACCAUAAAAGGGACAUUGAAAGACAUUUUGUUCAAGGCCUUCAUUUUACAGAUAAAGAAAUUAAAGUUCAGAGUUGGCCAAUUGCUUCCUCAAGAUAACAAUAUAUAAUGCCAUGUAAAAAACUCCUAUUAAAUUUUCUACCAUUUUGUCAAAGGAACAUACACACACACACACACACACACACACACACACACACAUAUCCUUAUUUCACUUUGUUAUAUCAUUAUUUAAAGCAAGAAAUAAAAUGUUGAUGCUUAGCUAGAAAUCCAACUGGGAAAAUUUUACCCUAAAACUUGUUGGAAAAUCUAGGUUUUGAGCAGUAUAUAUAUAGUCAUUUUUUUUCUGAAUUAAAAGAUGGCAGUAAUGACUAAUUCUUCAAUUAGCUAUUUAAUUUGUUUUUAAAUCAAUGCCAAUGAACAACUAUUUAAUUAUAAAGGCAAAUUGAAAUUGCAAGAAUCUGUUGGUUGCCAUAUGGGAAAAAAAAAAAGAUUUCUUCCCUGAAGCCAAAAACAGAAGAAGAAAAAUUAUACUUAAAAAUAGAAAUAAAGUAAAAUUCCUUAAUCUUAUGGAAAUAUAUUUCCAUUAAAGUCAGAUAUUUUUAGCCCAUUCCACUAGCAUAGAUCUAAUGUAAAAUUUACUAUUCGUUCUUGAUUAAGUUGUCCUAGCAGUGUUGUGUGCAAAUUAUUGUGUCCUAUAUCACUUUUCAGUGUUUGGAUUUUGGAGGCCACUUUAGUACUACAGGAAAUCAAUGCAAAACUUUUCACUUGGAAACAAUUUUCUUUGGUCACUGCAUGUGGAUUUCAAUGAGAGAAAUAAAGUUAGAAAUUAAAUGCAGUUGGAAUAUGAAAUAUGCAAAUAAGAAAUAAAUAUCACUGAAAGAAUUACAUUUUCAAUCUUUCAGGUUUUGUGUCAGUACUCUAUCAGUUUUUGAAACUGUGUUUGAUACCAUGGGUAUUUAUAAAAUUUUAUGAAAUUGCAUUUUUCAAACAACUUACAUAUGCUUUUUAUGACAGUGCUCAAUGUAAAGUAAAUGUAUUACAUUCUGUAUGUAUAAAGACCUGGAAUCAACUGUUUUUUUUUUUUUGUUUGAAAAUAAUUAUAUUUGUUCUAAUGCCCCUACUAUCUUCACCUCACCACAAUAUCCUCUUAAAGCAUCAAGUUCCAUAUAAAAUUCUUGUGAAAGUAUCAUCAAGGAAGACAGAUUUAUGGAAGUAUAGAAUCCCCAAGCUAAAAGAGAUCUAAUUCAACUAUUUCAUUUUUACAGAAAUUAAGGUUCCAAGAGGUUAAAUAAUUUAUCUAAGGUCAUAUGGCAAGUUAGUGACAGAACUGAGACUUGAAUCCAGUUCUCCUGAUUUUCAAGUAUAAUGCUCUUUAUUUUCCCUCUACUGUACCUAGGGCCUAUCUGAAGCUAUAGGUUCUAUUUUGGGGAAAUGGAAAUUGCUUUGUAUUUUGAUAUUUUUUAGCUUUCUGAGCUAUAUGUCUUUUUAAUUUGAAUCUUCAUAAAGACAUUAAGUGAGAAGUUGGUCUGAUGUAUCCCCUUCUGGAAGCCUGAGCAUUAAUGUUAUUAUCAGCUAAAGAACGACUGUUGAUAUUGGAGGGAGGUAGUAAGAAUAUGUUUUUAAAAAUGAGGGGAAAGCUUUUUAUUAUGAUAGGAAUUUGUAAAUAGAAUUAUUUUUUUUAAUUUGAAGCCUUCUUGAGUGUGAAAAGUUGAGUAAAACUGACUUGCACCUCUUCUGAAGAAAAAGCAAACAUAUAUA